AUGUUUUUCCGAACAGCAGUUACUCGCUCUAUCCUAAGAGCGGCAUCUAGCUCAAAUGUCUCUACUACACGCUUGGCUUUGUCCGGCACCAUUUUCAAGGCCCAAUUGACUUCGUCUGUCCGCCAACCGGCCGUUAUCCAUGCAACAUCUCUUGCUGUUGCAGCCAGAAAACCCACUACGACCGCUCUUAUCCGAUAUGCGUCGACGGCUGCUGUCAAGACCAGCGACGCUGUACCACCACCAAAAGUUGAGGAAGAGGAGGAUGUCGAUAUGAUGGCUGGUGUCAAGGGUGAUAUGAAAAUUAUCCGUGACACUUUCUCCCUAAAGGACGUCCCCAAAGAAGCCUUGUAUCUCGGGCUAGCCGGUGUUAUUCCCUACGUUGCGACUUCGCUCCAAACUGUUUACUUGUCCUGGGAAAUGAAUAAUGCCAUUACCACCGGUAGCGGUCAUUACAUAUCCGGACAGACCGCAGAGAUGAUGAUGAGCCUUAUUGAGCCUGUUCAGGUUGGAUAUGGUGCAGUGAUCCUCUCUUUCCUUGGCGCCAUCCACUGGGGUUUGGAAUGGGCGGGAUACGGGGGAAAGGUUGGCUACCGACGAUAUGCUACUGGAGUCGUCGCACCUGCUGUUGCUUGGCCUACCCUGUUCAUGCCCAUUGAAUAUGCCCUCAUCUCUCAGUUCUUUGCUUUCACCUUCCUGUACUAUAACGACGCGCGUUCUGCGGUUAAGGGCUGGACUCCAUCCUGGUACCACAUGUAUCGCUUUGUCCUAACCUUCAUUGUCGGUGCCAGCAUCGUUAUGAGUCUGGUCGGUCGUGAGAACCUUUCCACACACUACGAAUCCCGAAACGAACUGACUAAGAAGUGGAAGGAAUUGGAGCGCCUGGCGAUGGAGAAAGAGGCCGUCAAGGCAACCGAAUCCAGUGAAGAGCAAUAA